UGUAGAACAUUGUGGGGGGAAGAGAGAGAGAGAGGGUUUAGGAUCAGUUCGUCUGGUCCCCGUCUGAGAGAAAGCGGGAGAGUUCAGGCGAAAGAGGGGGAGUGCAGUUUUUUCUUUCUUGUUCGCGCUGGUAUUUGUAGCCCCGGCGAUCGUCCUUCUCGUUGUCUCAUUGUUCUCAAAGUGCGAUUCCGCUUGCGUUGAUUCGUUUCGGAGGCGGGGAGAAGUUUACCAAACAUGGGUUCUGAAUUGAAACUAUUUGUACACCUCUUCAGAUGCUGAUAUGGAGGAUUACGGAUUCGAAUAUUCGGAAGAGGAGCCGGAGGAGCAGGAUGUCGAUAUUGAGAAUCAGUAUUAUAAUUCCAAGGGCUUAGUUGAAACUGAUCCUGAGGGAGCUCUUUCUGGAUUUGCUGAGGUGGUUCAGAUGGAGCCAGAAAAAGCAGAGUGGGGAUUUAAAGCUCUUAAGCAAACUGUGAAGCUCUACUAUCGGUUGGGAAGAUAUAAGGAGAUGAUGGAUGCAUACAGGGAGAUGCUAACAUAUAUCAAAUCAGCUGUGACCCGGAAUUACAGUGAGAAGUGCAUAAACAACAUAAUGGAUUAUGUUUCUGGAUCAGCAAGCCAGAACUUUGGGCUUUUGCAAGAGUUUUACCAAACAACUUUGAGGGCCCUUGAAGAGGCAAAGAAUGAGAGACUUUGGUUUAAGACAAAUCUUAAGCUUUGCAAGAUUUGGUUUGAUAUGGGUGAGUAUGGGCGUAUGAACAAGAUAUUGAAAGAGCUGCAUAAAUCCUGCCGAAAAGAAGAUGGUAGUGAUGACCAGAAGAAAGGCACACAACUUCUGGAGGUCUAUGCUAUAGAAAUCCAGAUGUAUACCGAGACAAAAAACAACAAAAAGCUUAAGCAACUAUAUCAGAAAGCACUUUCAAUUAAGUCUGCAAUACCUCAUCCUCGGAUAAUGGGAAUUAUUCAUGAAUGUGGAGGGAAAAUGCAUAUGGCCGAACGUCAAUGGGCUGAAGCUGCAACAGAUUUUUUUGAAGCUUUCAGGAAUUAUGACGAGGCUGGGAAUCACCGGCGCAUUCAGUGCUUAAAGUAUUUGGUCCUGGCGAACAUGCUAAUGGAGUCUGAAGUGAACCCUUUUGAUGGGCAAGAGGCAAAACCUUACAAGAAUGACCCAGAAAUAUUGGCAAUGACGAAUCUAAUAGCAGCCUAUCAACGCAAUGAGAUUUUUGAGUUUGAGAAGAUUCUCAAGAGCAAUCGGAGAACGAUAAUGGAUGACCCAUUUAUCAGGAACUAUAUUGAAGACCUUUUGAAAAACAUCAGAACUCAGGUCUUGCUUAAGCUGAUCAAACCAUAUACAAGGAUUCGCAUUCCUUUCAUAUCCAAGGAGCUGAAUGUGCCGGAAAAGGAUGUGGAACAGCUUCUUGUGUCACUAAUUUUGGAUAAUCGGAUAAAUGGGUAUAUCGACCAAGUGAAUCGUUUAUUGGAGCGUGGUGACAGGUCAAAGGGUAUGAAAAAAUACUAUGCAAUUGACAAAUGGAAUGCUCAGUUGAAGUCCUUGAAUCAGAGCAUUGCUAAUAGAGUAGGCUCAUAGGAAGGAGCGGUGAUUUCAUGUGCAGCCAUUUUUGUUAACUGGUGUUGGCCUGCAGGUUUGUUCAGGAGUACUUGUUUAAAUCUGUGCCCUGCUGUAGGUCAAGCUGUGGAAAAUAUGAUUGGAUGUAGACCUAAAUGUUUGAAUGUGUAUUUUUAAGUAGAGCGGCAUGUUCAAGUCCUUUAUGAAGCAGUGUUGUUUUUUUUUUUGCCCGCCAAAUGGAGAACCCUCUGAUUCUGUUGUUUUUUUUUCCCCCGCCAAAUGGAGAACCUUCUGAUUCUGUUGUUUUGA